AUGUCUCUUUUUUAUAAAUUCUCUUGGCCCGCUGGCCCAGAAUCCGUCGUUGCUACCGGAUCUUUCGACAACUGGUCUCAGUCUGUAAUUCUCGAAAAAUCUCCUACUGAUGGCUCUUUUUCAAAAUCAGUAUCAGUCCCUGUUCCCUCCUCAGAAGAAAAAGUUUACUUCAAGUACGUUGUCGAUGGUCAAUGGGUCAUUGACCUAACAAACAAACAAUUCACGGGGUCUGACGGCAUCACAAAUAACUACUUUGAACUCACAGAUCUUUUCUCGCCUAAAGAAUUGAACCCUCCAGUAUCUUUAGGGGGAAAUGACCCAUCACCUGAAGCCACUGAACUAGCAGCAGCUAUCUCUGCAGCCCCAGGCAUUGUCAUUCCUUUAAAUGCAGAAUCUAUUAAAGAACUUGAACAGCCCAAGGAACUUCCCAAGGAACUUCCCAAGGAACCUGUUCAACUAGCCGAACUCAAUGCUGCCAUCUCUGCUAACCCCGGAAUUGUCAUUCCACCAAAUGCCGAGUCCAUCAAGGAAUUUGAAGUGCCUAAAGAACCUUUAAAAGUUGAACCUACUGUCGAAACUCCUAAAGUUGAACCUACUGUCGAGACUCCUAAAGUUAAGUCUGCCAAGACUCAAGUAGCCGAACUUAAUGCUGCCAUCUUAGCUAAUCCUGGUAUUGUCAUUCCACCUAAUGCCGAGUCUAUUAAAGAACUUGAAGCGCCUGAGAAACAACUCAAGGUUGAUGAGGAACCACUCAAAGUUGAACUGCCCUCUGCAGAAGUGGCAGAAGUUUCUGCUGCCAUUUCGGCUGCUCCUGGUCUUGUCAUCCCCACCAACGUCUCUGCUAUCCCAGAACUUAGCUCACUACCAACUACUACAGAUACUGCCACCACUCUUGAAGACGACGACCUUGUGUUGGUUCAAAAGGAAAUCUCGCAUGAGCUUGAGCAUGGUGCAACAGUUCCUGCGCCAAUUCCCACAUGUCAGGUGGUGACCUCUGAGUCAGUGGUGCUUGUAGAUAGCGUGCCUACAACUGCAGACUCGUUAGCUACGACUGCAGCCACAAGUGAGUCACAGUCUGCAGCAACAACAGCAGCAGCAGCAGCUGGAUCGACUCCUACAUCGGCAUAUUUGUCUGCGGCCAGCUCACCAGAGGUGGAUACUACUGCUUCAAGUGCUGCGGCUGCUGCUGCGGCUGUAUCUUCAUCUUCUUCAACUGCAACUACUCCUGCCACUGCUCCUGCCUCUACUCCUGCUCCAGUGGAGAGCUCACAUAUGAGAUUUAUGUCGCUACAUAAAAAGAAAAAGUCUGUUGCUGCUGCUGCUGCUGCUGCCUCGCCUACAGCUGCAUCUGCGGCUGCAGCUGCCACUACGACAGCAACACCUACAACAACAUCAACCGCUCCAACAUUGACAAAGUCGCCAUCAGUUAAGAGAGUUGCAUCGCCAGUUUCUCCUGCGGGAGGACCACUACUUACAACAACAACAUCACCGAAAUCUGCAGCCAGUGGGUCUGAGCAUGCGUUGGCCGCAGCAUCUGCGGCAUCUGCGGCUGCUGCAGCUUCAAUUGCAGCUGCUACUGCGUCUAUUACAGCGCCUGUUGCGAAGCCUGUUGAUGAAGGAGAUAAGGAGAAGACAGUUGAGUCUCAACAGCAGUCUUCACAGCAACAGCAGCAGCAGCAGCAGCAACAGCAGCAACAGCAACCUAUUGCAAAGAAGACUAAUCGGUUUUCUUUGAAGCGAGCACUUAAGAAGGGGUUUUUCAAUUCUAAGCAUUGA